GGGGAGAUCAAGUGCUACAUCGCCAGCACGCCUCCCCCGGACAAGAUAGUGUGGGCCUGGAAGGAGAACGUGUGGGAGAAGGAGAAGGGCACCCUGAUGGAGCGCUACACCGUGGAGCAGAGCAAGCCGCCGUCGCAGGGCGGCGCCGUCCUCUCCACGCUGACCAUCAACAACGUGAUGGAGUCCGACUUCCACUCGCCCUACAACUGCACCGCCUGGAACUCCUUCGGGCCCGGCACCAUGAUCAUCACCCUGGAGGAGAAGGAUAUGGUGCCGGUGGGUAUCAUAGCCGGAGGAACCGUGUGCUCCUCCAUCCUCCUGAUCAUGAUCCUCGUGGCCCUCGCCUUCUUCCUCUAUCGCCAACGCAAAGGCAGUCGCCGCGGGGUCACCUUAGGUAAGCCCGACAUCAAGGUGGAGACGGUUAACAAGGAGACCCACAGCCUGGAGGAGGAGGCUGACAACGUCUCCACGGCAACGCGCAUGGUCAAGGCCAUGUACUCGCCGUUCAAAGACGACAUGGACCUCAAACAGGAAGUGAGGAGCGACUCGCUCGACACCCGGGAGGAGUACGAGCUCAAGGACCCGACCAACGGCUACUACAACGUCCGCGCCACCACCCACGACGAGUCGCGGCCCCCGUCCCACGCCGUCCACUUCCAGGGGGAGUUCCGCUCCCCGAACCCCGCCGCAGGAGGAGGAGGAGGAGGAGGAGGAGGAGGCCCCGGUCCGGUCGGGGGUGCCACGUCUUCCGUCGGACCCCCCGGCGGGGGCCCCGGCGGCCCCGUCAACUCCGGGGGCGCGCCCGGUUCCCGGGCCGGCUGCUACGACCCGCGGCCCCCCUCCAGGAUGUCCCACGCGGGCUACGCCCAGUUCAGCACCUACUCCCGGGGGGUGCCGGCGCAGAGUCAGCAGCAGGGACCCCCGCCGAACCCGGCGCUCCAGUCCCCGGGGGAGUACCCCGGGGACUGCGGCCUGCUGGACGGCUCGGGCCAGAUGCCCUACGACGCCUACGGCGGGUACCCCUCCCAGUACCCCAGUUACCGCAUGGGCUUUGUCCCGCCCAUCGAGGAAGGCCCGGCGUAUGAGAUGUACCCGACAGGACAGGGGGCGGGGCAGCAACCGGGACACGGGCCGGGACCGGGACACGGACCGGGCCACGGACCAGGGCACGGGCCAGGCCACGGGCCGGGACACGGACCAGGGCACGGACCAGGGCACGGGCCAGGGCACGGGCCGGGACCGGGACACGGACCGGGACCGGGACACGGGCCAGGCCACGGGCCAGGCCACGGACCAGGCCACGGGCCAGGGCACGGGCACGGGCCAGGACCGGAACAGGGGCCAGGGCAGAGCCCGGAAGCGGGGCUGAGCAAGUACGGCGGCUCCUCUCGUUUCUCCUACUCCUCUCCGCCUUCUGAUUAUUCCAGACACACGCAGAGGAUGCAGACUCACGUGUGAAAGAGAGAAUGAGAGGAGAAGGAAACGCCACGCGCAUUACACAAAAGACACACAACUGGACUUUAUUUGCUCGGGCGCUAAUCCAGUCAGACCUCUCGGUAAAGGUCCUUCUUUCCACUCGCUCCCUUGCAUUUCAAAUCCACACUACACAACCACAGUGGCGCCCCCGAAGCACAGAUUAAACAUCAAACGGCAUUCAUUAUCAACACAUCACCCCAUGUCGUCCACAGCAGUACAUUCAUUUACUCCCCGCGAAAAAAAAACCUUGUCAGUGACUCUCAGAAGAUCUUUAUUGACUGCGAUGCUCCACACUGACAUCAGAGAAAGCAAAAGCCACUAUCAGAAUUCCAGAGCCAAAUGAAAGAGUGGACAACAUCGGGGCACAUUGUCAUAGAGCAGAGGAAGAAGGAGAGGACGAGGUGGUCAAGGUGCUCUCUCACACAUAUUUUUGGCCCUGGCUCCUUGUCUUUCCACCACCUGUGCUUCUUGGGUUACAUUUGUAAAAAAUGCAAAAUGACCGAUACCGAUCUUUUCAAAGUCCCUACCAAUCCCUUGUAUAACCCUAAACAGAAUUCAGUAAAAUGCAGUACAUUUUAUUAUUAUUUUUCAAUUAUUGACUCUUGACACUUUUGCAAAAACACACACACUCACACCUACACACAAGUUGUUCAUGUACCGUGUGUUUCUAUGGUGUAUUUUUGUGAAAAGGCAGCUUGGACUUGCGUAAAUCGGGCACUUUGAAAACUCUUUCCGCCAUUUGAAGAUAUUUGGCCAGCGGUUUGGCAUACAAGAUCUACCUUUAUCGAGUGAUCAAAUGUGGCUUCCUUUCAACUACAUUUAAAAAGUGCCAAUGAUGUUGUGUUGAAAAAAAAACACACAUGAGUGUGUGUAACCACUGGCACCUCUUUUUUUGUAAAAGGCAAAGGGACGAUGGUCACGGGGCAAUAAGAGGGGACAUUUUGUACAAUCCGCAUACAUUUUUCUGAGAAGAAAAGACAGGUGACUCGCCUGAGAUUGCAACAGUGCUCGUCUUUGUUUUAAUACAGUGCGUCUCCCACCUUUCGACUGAGAUAGUUGCUGUACUAAUUGUGUAUUGGGAGGACAUUCAUGCUAAGUCCUUAGCAUUCCACUCAAUUGUGACGGAGGUAUGAUUAUUUAUCCAAUCUUCCCUCAAAAGUAUUUGUUUGCUUCUCACUUGCACAGUAUUGUUUUGUGUGUGUUUUUCUUCAUGUAUAGAUAUACUGAAACAUCAGAAAGCGUAAGGCAUUCAGAAAUAUUUUUUAGUAUUUUUAUAUGGAGUUGAGGACCAAAGGUUCAGAAUUUUGGAGGUGGGGGAGGGAGGGUGUACUUUUUCAUGUUUCUGCGGGGAAUCUAUAGUUGUUGUAAAUGUUUUGAAAAUAUUACACAUUUUGACGAGUUUUAACUAAAAAAAUACAAUGAAUCCAUUUGGGAUUAAAACAAUUCAAACGUUGCGAUCAAUCAUUCAUUAUUCCUCUUCAUAACAUUUGCGUAUUCAUUUUUUUUUAUACUUUUAACAAAAGUGUAAUCAUUUUGUCACUUCAGUAAAAUCAAUAAAGUCAUCCAAAUAUUUUCUUGAAUAAAUAUUUGACAAGACUUAGAAUAAAAUAAAUGUUAAUUGUUGCCAUUUGUAAGAUCACGUACGUAUGCAACAAAGUAUCAAAUCAAAGAUUCUAUAUUCAACUCGUGAAGGUUAUUUCAGAGCUGCGUUUGGGUUCUACAUGCUAAAACAUGCUAGCUUCCAUAAAAAUCACCAAAAAGUAUGUAUUAUUCUGUGGCGCUUAUUGACCCAAACUAUUGAAUCAGUACUAAGCUCUACUAAUAUUAUAUUACUCUACUACUAAUACUGAUUUAUAGAGCUCAAAAGCUUAUUGAAAAAAUGAAAUUGCAAAACAUAACCUAACCAAUUACCCCUCCCCCCCGCCCCCCCUUGCCCAACGGCACUGACUACAACACCCACAAUUCAAAUCUACUCUAGCUCGGUGUCAGAAAACGUUGGAUUGUGUAACAACCCUUCCCUUUGUCAAAUAUGGUGUGUGUGUUUGUGUGUAUAGCAUAUUAUUUGUUUUCAUAUGUACCGUACUAAUGCUCUACCUGGAAUUCCCGGGUACAUUAAUUUUCCUACCUGUGUAUAAAUAGGGGCUCAUGUCUCAUGUUUUGUUGAUAAGAGUGUUGAUAUGACUCAUAAUAAUUAUCAGCUUAGAUUUACCAUAAAACAAUCAAUCAUUGUUUUUGGUAGAGGGUCCUCUUCCACAAACAGGAUUAGUGGAUCCUGGCCUCUACAUAAUGGUAAAGGAAAUUAAUAAAAAUAGUCACAUGACUCAAGAAAAGUGUAGGACAGGAAGUGAACAAUGGCAGUAUUCAUCUUUUAACCAACAUCAAGGAUAACAUUACUCUAAAUACCAUUGCAGAGUGACCUUUGUUUACAUAAAAAAUAUGAGGCGGCAGCAAACACAACUUGAGACAAACUGAUGGUUCGAUUUCCAGAAAAAUCUUUCAGCAUUUCUAAAGAAAGAUUUCGAUAACCUGUUUUCGACUGAAAGUGGUGCUGUCCCAGCUGUUUGAUUUCAGCGCUUGGAUACACUUUAAUGUGAGCAGACUAUGCAGAGACAGUGAGGGCCAUCUCGUACAGCCUUAAGGGCUGAUCAUGGUUCCACGUUUACGCAGCGCAAGGGGGUCUACGUCCUUGCGGACCCUCCUUGCGUCCACCACAAGAGCCUGACGUGCGCCUCCCAAAAACUGUAACCUUCCAUCGAGGCAACGGAGCAGCAAGGGCUGUGAUUGGUCCGCUCACUAAAACCCGACGCAGACCCAAAACAGGUUCACGACUGCGUCGAAGCGUCUGCGUCUGCGUGGUCAUUGUGUUGCGUGACGUGGGGCCAUAAUCAGCCCUUUACUCCUCAGGGCUGGCAGUGAUUGGUUCAUGAAACCCAAGAGCCGCGGGCCUUGUAAAUUGUUCCAUCUGCUUUCAAAGAGGCAAUGAGAUUUUGUAGUCUCUCUGAUGCUAUUUCGCCAUAACAAAGCAUUUUGAUCCCAUUAAGCCAAAAUCGUUUUUAUUGCCAUAUUUUUAAUACAUAAUUUUACUCGCAGUCUACCCCAACGACUCUUUCAUUACGUUAAUCUCUUUUAUCGACAGAAAUAUCGGGUGAAACUUUGCAAUUCCAAUAGCAGUGGAGGAAUGUCUUUGUUGUGAUUUUUUUGGUGUUUCUUAGCUGGGAGUGUCAGCAGAUGGAGAUGAACACCCUUCAUCUUCCACUUUAUAUGUUGAGCACAGCUGUGGUUGCUGCAUACCAUUAACUUGUUACAACCUCUUUACGGUGUUGUCCCUGCAGACCUGUGUGGCAGACUUGCAUGCAAAGUGACCUUGUGCGGUGUGCUGAGUGACUUUAAUAAAAUAAAAGACUUGGGAGGCCAACUGGAAAAAUCGCCUCGGCCAUCUUGACACUUGCCGGCUAAAGGCUACAGCUUGGCAGCGCUGCUACUUCACCUGAGAGAACAAUCUUUGCUCUUUUCCGUGAGUUAUGACUCACACAUUCACAAUCGAAAGAGACACAUGAGAUAUAGUACAGUAUUGCGACCAUCAUGAAAGAUCUAUUCAUAUAUAUAUUUUUUUUUUUAAAUGGCCGGAAAAAACGUUGAAAACGUCAAUUUUCAGCCAUGGAAAUAUGAAUUGAUUCUUGUUCAUUUUUUGUUGGGCAUCGUUUCAUGUGUAAUAAUCACUGCUUUUGUUGUACUAGAAUGUAGGAAAUGUUAAUCUAAAAAAUCUGAAACUAACAUUACAUCAUAAACCCCCCGCCCCCAAUGUAACAAAUACAGUUGGUUAAAUCUGCGGACUCCUAUCUUGACCUUGUAUAUAUAUAUGUGUGUAUGUUGGGAUGUAUGUAAGGGAGGGGAUAUUACAGAAUAUCACAGCGUAAUGAGCUCAAUGUGAUUUUGUUCUCAAUCGUCCAUUUUCAUCGUCAUUGAUGUCUUCCUUUCUUUAAAAAUCUGUUUUUAAAUGGUUUUAUUUUGAUUUGAAAUUUCUUAUUUUUUUAUGUUUUUCUUUGUAUAACGUCACACUGUUCCGUUGCCUCUGGAGGAAUUGUCUGGUGUCAAAGUGUCUGAGUGAGUUUCUUUAGACAGUAUUCUGCUUCAUAUUCUACUGUCGGGUUGCAGGUUGCAAGGAACGGAGGGAGUGGGUGUGGUACAUAAUCUUGUAAUGUGUGUAUGCACCAGCUAUUGAUGGAGAAGACUACCUGCUAGCCCUUGCCCCUCCUCCUCCCCUCUCCAUUUCACUUUCCUUUUCAAAAAAAGAUGAGGGUAAAAGAGGGAGCGAGACAGUGAGGGUAAAUGUAAGGACAUACGUCACUUAGCCUUCAGGACAAAUGAAAAAAUGAGGACGAUAGUCUGCAGUGUGAAGACUUCCAUGUCACUGUAUGCACUUGAAACUGUUUGAAUGGACCUGUGUUAGUUAGUGUGUGCGUGAGACUUUGUUUGAGUUGUUUUUUUGGGUUUGCGUGGCCAAAUGUAUGUGGGCAUAUAUCCUCCAAAUUGUUAUCAACAUAUUGUUAUUUUAUACGUUAUUGUCCUAACCGAAUUCAGUAUUAGGUUUCUGGCUUUCAAGUUCUCUGCAAGUGUUCUUCUUGAGGACACAUGUACAAAAAUACGUGUGUGAUAUUGAAAGUCACUUUUUAAGCCAUCCUAUGGUCAUGUUUUUUUUUUUAUUAUGGUGUCCUUUUUUCUUUUUUUGAUUGUACGUAAUUCUUUUUCCACAACUAUACUGAGAAUAAAAGAGGUCACAGCUUUCAUAAGUA